AUGGCAUAUGCUCGUGCCUUCGCUUCGUUGACUUUUUCGCCGGCGAUAUCUCUCCGACGACUCCGUUUAUUCCGUCCCAAACUUCACCGGAGCUACGCCGCGAAACACGUUUCCCGAAUCAGCUGCAAUCUGAAAUUCAACCACGCCGCCGGGAAAUUCCGGGAGCUCGGACUAUCCCGCUCCGUGGAGCUAGACCAAUUCGUCACAAGCGAGGAACAAGACGACAACGAAGCCGCCGACGAUGAAUUAGGCGAAGGGUUUUUCGAGGCGAUUGAGGAGUUAGAGAGGAUGGCUAGAGAACCAUCGGACAUUCUCGAAGAAAUGAAUCACCGGUUAUCUUCUCGAGAGUUGCAGCUGAUGCUCGUCUACUUCGCGCAAGAAGGUAGAGACUCGUGGUGCACGCUCGAGGUGUUUGAGUGGUUGAAGAAGGAGAAUCGAGUCGAUGAAGAGAUCAUGGAGCUGAUGGUUUCGAUAAUGUGUGGCUGGGUUAAGAAACUGAUUGAAGAAGAGUGUGAUGCAGCCCAAGUGUUCGACCUAUUGAUUGAGAUGGAUUUCGUUGGGCUGAGACCUGGUUUUAGCAUGAUGGAGAAAGUGAUUGCUUUGUAUUGCGAGAUGGAGAAGAAGGAGAAGGCGGUUUUGUUCGUGAAGGAGGCUUUGAAGAGGAGAGACGCUUCUGGUUACAGUGUUGUUGGCUCUGAGAGUAGAAAAGGUGGACCAACUGGUUAUCUUGCUUGGAAAUUGAUGGUUGAUGGAGACUAUAAGAAGGCGGUUGAUUUGGUUGUGGAGCUGAGAGUUUCAGGGCUAAAGCCAGAAGCUUACAGCUAUCUAAUUGCGAUGACAGCGAUUGUGAAAGAGCUGAACUGUCUUGGGAAGACGUUACGCGAGCUAAAACGCUUUAUUCGGGCUGGUUUUGUUGCUGAGGUCGAUGAUCACGAUAGGUUGCUCAUUGAGAAGUACCAGUCAGAGCUUAUAUCCCGUGGAGUAGAGUUAGCUUCUUGGGCGGUUGAGGAAGGUCAGCAAAACGGUUCCAUUGUUGGGGCGGUCCACGAGAGGCUUCUCGCUAUGUAUAUAUGCGCAGGACGUGGAACCGAAGCGGAGAAACAGCUCUGGAAGAUGAAACUUGCAGGGAGAGAGCCAGAAGCUGACCUCCACGACAUUGUGAUGGCGAUCUGCGCUUCGCAGAGAGAGGUGAGCGCGGUUUCGAGGUUUCUGACGCGGGUGGAGUUUAUGGAAGACAAGAGGAAGAAGAAGAGUUUGUCAUGGUUGCUUAGAGGGUAUUUGAAAGGAGGGCACUUUGAAGAGGCUGCAGAGACAUUGACGACGAUGAUCGACUCUGGUUUGUAUCCGGAGUAUAUUGAUCGAGUGGCUGUGAUGCAAGGGAUGACGAGGAGGAUCCAACGGCCGAGAGAUGUGGAAACUUAUAUGGGUCUGUGCAAGAAGAUGUUUGAUGCUGGUUUGGUUGGACCUUGUCUUGUGUAUAUGUACAUGGAUAAAUAUAAGUUGUGGAUAGUGAAGAUGAUGUGA